AUGGCCGGAGAAGUGCAGGCGGAUGCCGAGAAGUUGCUCAUUAACGUCGAUUCGAUGGAUUUUUUGGACGCUGAGGGGUCUGAGAGGGAUGAAAGCAUGGACUUGAAUGCGCUCGACGAUGAGAUGGAGACAGACCCCGUAACUGGGGCCUAUAUGAUCUCUUUGAGCAGAGGCAGCGAGCCUUUGUCUUUUAACGAGAAUGGCAAGUUAAAGUUUAAGUUGAGCCCGUUGGCAUACCAGAAUAUCGGCUUCGUUACGGAGCCAAAGCAAUACAAACUUUAUCCGGUGAGUUUGCCUAGAGUAGAUACUACCGAGGAGUACGUUAGUUACGUCUCGAAAGUGUUCGAAAUAUAUCGUGAUUUGGGCGAUGAUAGGCGGUUCUCUGUUCCAACAAUUGGCGUAAUCAACCAGACGGAGGGUAAAGAGCACAUAGCAGCCGUGAAUCUGGCGAUGGAGGCUCUGAGUGUGGAACUUGAGUUGUACAUUGAGUCUAUCAAAGAAAAAUCAAGCUUGUUUGGAAGAUUUUACGAGCUGGAAGAAAGCCUGACGAUUAUAAACUGUCUAAAAACUUUCCACUUCACGGUAGAUACCCCAGAUCAAGAUAUCAGAGGACAGUUUAUCAAGAAUUUGCUCGCUUGGAUUAACCGCUCGGAUGGCGAACCAAACGAGGAAGCCACCAGUCAGGUUCUUUCGAGCAGUUCAGGCACAAGGAAGUGCUUCCAAAACCCACCUUUCUGGAAACUUAUCAACACAUUACUUCUUCGAGGCUUAUUCGAGCAGGCCAUUGCCUGCUUAGAGACCUCAGGGCUUUUGCCCUACCUUGAGGGACAAUGUAAAGUCUCUUCGAACGCUAUUCAUGAUCUGAUAUCGUUGAUCAGGAGAUAUCCAAUGGAUGCAGCCGACGACUUCAGAGAGUGGAAAAACUUGGCUUUGGAACUGGCCCAGACUUUCAGUGAAUCAGAUGCAAAGAUAACCGGGGAAAUGCGUGACCUUAUCGAGGAUUCUCUUUUGCUGAUAGGCGGUCAUCAGGCUAAGAUCUUGGCCUACUCCAAGACAUGGUAUGAAUCGCUUAGCGGACUUUUACUUUACUACAUUCCGUCCCUGGAGCUGUGUGAAGAAUAUUUACACCUAUCUCUCAAGAAAAAUGCCCUGGAUGUUACGAAUACUUGGCAACAGGCAUGUGUUGAUAUAAUAAAGGGUAAGGUGCAUUCGAUCUUACCGCUACUAGAAGCCCUCGACUCGUGCACAGCUGCAGUGUCGGCAGCUAUAUGUCAGGCAAAAGGCCUGAUUGAGAUUUAUUACGAAGAUGGGCAGGAUGAGGUUGAGCCAACCGAGGAAAUCCUGUCCCCAAGAAAUGGCAUGGCCUCAUAUAUGCUGAAUAGCUUCGCGCUGGAAUUAUGCUCCUAUGAUGAUAAAAAGCUAUGGUCUGUCGCUAUCGGACUGAUCACUUUGUCACCUACCGAGAACACGACUGCCAAGAAGCUGGCGAUCGCUGAACUGUUACCGCAUUAUCCCUUCCAGACCAACGAUGAUAUAGAGUGGAUGCUCAGUGUAGCGGCGAAGUGGCGUUUACCACAAGUUACCAAAUCGAUAUACAUCAUGCUUGGUAACAAAUUGCUCUACGAAAGUAAUACGAUAGAGGCCAUGGCAAAUUUCAGUAAAGCAGGUAAAUUCGAAUGGGUAAAGCGAUAUUCCUGGAUGAUGUUCGAAGCUUCGGUGUUGCAGGGCGCUCCUCUGGAUGACAUUAUACUGAACGCCAUAGUCAGCGAAGACAGCGAACAAGUCAUUCCAAAAGAGCUGCUGGAUUCACUGAUGACAAACGCGAUGAAGCAAACUUUAGCACCAUAUGCCGUACUAUUUCAGUUCUACGAAGCACAAUCUAAGGAAAACUGGUCAGACGCAUUACAAUUUCUAUUGGCCUUAAUCGACUUCCCCUAUCUGCCCAAAUGCUACCUGGUGCUACUUGUUGCCAAAUUCUUGUACCCAUUAUUUCUAAAGGAUCCAUUGAAGCCGAUCCAGGAAGAAUCAAUUUUACGGAUCAUGGAAGCUAUGGAAAGCAAGUGGGACGACAAAGACGUCAAGUCACAGAAUAUCUUCCGCUGUGUUCAAGAGAGCUCAAUGGGUGCACUACCUGACACUCUCGAGGCUCUCCAUAGGGCGGUGAGAAAAGAACUGAAUCUAAAACUAUGUCAAGAGUACAUGUAA